AUGGAUUCAACAAUUAUUCGAUGCAAUCUUCCAAGGACAGAUCGUACUAUAGAAUUGGAAGGAGUAAGAAAAUCGCUUGCUUCUCCAAGUGCCGGUGUAUAUUGUUUGACAAAUGCAAGUCAAACAGACUGGAAUGUUGCAACAAUACAACAAGUACUCGCAACUGAGCUUGAUGUGAUGAAACACAAAGGAACUCAAUAUUUUAAUGUCAAAGGUUAUUGCCAUGUAACAAAUCAAAGAUGUGCAGUCUACAUAUGUUGCCCAAUUGAAAACUGUAAUAAAAAAUUAGAUGAUAUAGGAAAUUGUGUGUUUUUUUGCCAAAAAUGUAAAAGCCAGCAAAAAGAUUUUAAAUGGGGAUAUUGUUUGACGUGUUAUAUUGUUGAUCAAACAGGAAAAAUGUAUGUACACAUACUUGGUUCAACCGCUGAACAUCUACUUGAGAUUAAAGCUGAUUUAUUUCACCAGUAUCAAGAAGAUUCUGAUACAACGAAAUAUGAAAACAUAUUAAUGCAAGCAGCUGCAAAGAGUCGAAUAUUAAAAAUAUGUUCAAAAGCAGUUGAAUACAAUAUGGAACUUUUAGAAGAAUCUGGAAAAUGUGAAAAACGUUCACCAUUAUGCGUAAAUUCUCCAUUGAUAGCGAUGGAUGAAGAAUGUUGUCACCCAUGUAGCCGAUUUUACGAAAUAAUGGACAUUGCAAUGCAUUAUUUUCCUAUAGAGAUGCAAUGGAUGCAAUUACAUGAUAAUGCAACCUAUUUAAUGCAUUAUAAUGUAUUAGGAUGA